GGGUGAUUCUUACUCCACGGGUACUAUUGCCAUAUCCUCAGUCUUAGGUUUGUACAGAGUGCCUCUGGUAAGUUUUUAUCAUUAUUGUGAUUUAAUUUCAUAUUCAAUUAAGGUCUGAAAAUUGGGUAUUUAACUAAUUCAAAAUACAAACAUCUGCAAACUAUGUUUUUGAUACAUGGUCUUGUUUUGCAGGUGAGUUAUUUUGCCACAUGUUCCUGCCUGAGUGAUCGACAAAAUUUUCCAUCUUUCUUUAGGACUAUCCCAAGUGAUAUUUUUCAGGUGAAUGCUAUGAUUCAAAUUCUAAAACACUUUGGUUGGACUUGGGCAGGUCUGCUCAUCAGUGAUGAUGCAUAUGGAGUCAAUGCUGCUCGAUCAUUUCACUCUGAUCUGGGUCCAACUGCUGGAGGUUGUCUGGCUUACACAGAGAUUUUGCCUCGUUAUGAUCCCAUUGAAAUUAGGAGAAUAGUGGAUGUGAUAAGGAAAUCUACAGCUCGGGUGGUGAUUGUGUUUUCACCUGAGAAUCGCAUGGUUAGCCUCAUGAAAGAGUUGGUGAAACAGAAUGUGACAGGCCUGCAGUGGAUCGCCAGUGAAGGCUGGUCAUCAGCUGCUGUGCUCCAGACUCCCCACAUCAUGCCAUACCUGGCUGGAACACUGGGGAUCGCCAUUCGCCGAGGAGAAAUACCAGGACUGAGAGACUUCCUGUUACAAAUAAGUCCUGACCUACAUCACAACAACACUGAAAGAAAUAGCCUGGUGAGAAUUAAAUGUUUCAAUCUGAUAUGAGACUACCAACAAUGAAAAUGUGUAAUUAUUUCAAAAACCCAAAUUUGGCCAUUCUCUUCAUCCAGGUGAAUGAGUUUUGGGAACACACAUUUCAGUGUAGAUUUGCACCACCUCCUGCAGGUUGG